GACAAGCAAGAGCCUUAAAAUACAUUACUGGAGGCCUUCAGCGAACCGCCACCACACAGCGCAGCGCAGAGGAAGUGGAUUUCCAGCGGAAUACAUGACUGUGUGAUUUUAUGAAAAGUUAACUUGGCUCCCGUGCGGGGCGCGUGGGGGGACAUCGUAGAGCACGGGCUCCUCCGCGAGCGCCUGCUGCCAGAUGCGUGUCGAGCGGAGUCGAGCAGUGUGAACAUGUCACUGUUGUAACAUGUUGUUUCAGUGUGACAUGUCCCGCUUCUGCGCUGCCAUACAGUGAAGAAGGAGGAACAGCAGCCACUAUUAAACAGCGGCCAGGCCAGGGAUGGAAGAGAAAGAGACCGGGGAGAGCGAGUCUGUGGACCUCCGGUGUGCCGAGCAGGCUGAGCUGCUCUCAUUAAUAAUAAGCGGGGAGGAGGAAGCGACGCGAGAGGAGAGUGACUUGGGAGAUGAGGAUGGUCUUGCCAAUGGCCAUGGUGAGGAGGAAUCAGAGGCUGGCAUGGUCACACCUGUCGGGUCGCCAGGCACCAGUUACUGGAGCAUCACAGAGGGCCCAGACCAGCCCCUCCUGCUCUCCCCGGCCCCAGGGCCCACCGGACGCAAACCCAGGGUCCAGAGGGCAUCGCGUCCAGGCCUGAGCCGCAUCCCCGGGCGCGAUCACCGCCGCUACUACCACGAGUACUGGCGCAGCGAGUACCUGAUGGACUUCGACCCCCAGCGGCACGGGAUGAUCUGCAUGGUGUGCGGCAGCUCGCUGGCCACACUGAAGCUCAGCACUAUCAAGAGGCACAUCAGACAGAAGCACCCAGACUCCCUGCUGUGGAGCUCUGCAGACAAAGAGGUCAUCCGCUCAGGGUGGGAGAGCCACUUGAGUCUGGGCGGGGGUCAUAGGGCAUUCAGUUCUGCUGCUGGACCCUCGCCUCAGGAAGAAGAGGAGCAGCUGGACUCAGACCAACAAACUGCCGCAGAACCCCUGGAGCCUGUGACCCCUCAGGAGCAGCCUCAACAACCCCCUAGUCUGUCUCCUGGCUCUGAGGAGGGUGAAGCCCCCCCGCCCCAGGAGGAGGUGGAGGAGGAGGAGGAUGUCCCCGGGCCCUCGGCACAGACCCUGGAGCGCUACCUGAACGACUCGCUGCACGCCUGGUUCCGCCAGGAGUUCCUGAUGGAGUACGAGGCGGAGGCCGGCCGGCUGCUGUGCAUGGUGUGCGGGGGGGAACUGCCCUCGCUGCACCUGGACCACAUCAAGAGCCACGUGCUGGACACACACCCAAACUCGCUGGUGUUCAGCUCCGAGGAGAAGCACUGCAUCCUGCAGGCCUGGGCUCAGAGUCACGAAGAGUCAGAAAACUCAAUCAAAUCAGAGCCGGACACCAAAGAAGGGGGGGUGGAGCUCUUUCCUCAGGAAGUGGAGGCCCUCCAGCUCCACACUGACCUGUACCCCGAAGGCGACGGCACUUUAACUCAGGACACUUGUCUAAUCGGUGAGGACGGGGGGGUCGGAGCUCCCCAGCAGGGACCCCCGCCCCCCCGGCAGCCCAGGAAGAGGCGGCUGCGCGUGGGCGACCCGUGGCGGCUCCGCCUCGACUACCUGGUGGCCUACGGGCCCCAGGGCCGGGGCACCUUCUGCAUGGUGUGCUCUCAGGUGCUGCAGGAGAUCAAAGUGAGCAGCUUUCGCCGACACAUCCAGGAAUGUCACCCCGAGACCACCACCCUGAGCCGACAGGAGAGGGAAGCCAUGGCCGCCGCCUGGACCAAAGAUUACCCCAGCGAGGGCUCCCAGAUUCACAACGAAAUCACCCCGAGUGAAGCUGAAGUCCUGAACCCCCCGGGAGAGACGGACGAGGACACCCCCUCCGAUGUCAGGACACACGGCAAAGUGAUAAAGAAGGAGGAGGGUGGGAGCGGGGAGAAGAGUAAAACGAGGGAGGAAGGCGCCGCGAGCCCCCCCUCCCGUCACAGCCACUACCCCGGGAAGGACCAGCGCAGGAACUACCAGGUGCGCUGGCGGCUGGAGUACCUGAUGGACUACGACUGCCGCAGACACGGCCUCAUCUGCAUGGUGUGUGGGGCCACGCUGGCCACGCUGAAGGUGAGCACCAUCAAGAGGCACGUGCAGCAGGUGCACUCCCACUCCCUGUUCUACAGCACCGAGGAGAAGCAGCAGGCCCUGCUCAGCUACAACCAGACCGCCCACAGCUUCACACACUCCGAGUACUGCUUCUCCUCCCAGGACCACGGCCCCACCGAGCUAGCCCCCGCUCCGGCACACAUUGGCACUUAGAAAGGGUUUCCGUCCGUUGCUGCUCGCGUGGCCCCUGGUCAGAAACAGCCCUCCCUCUUCUUCCUUAAAGGGAAACUUAGGUCUUUGUCAAACAGGGUUUUAUUCUAUUCUUGCAUUUUGUCCUAAAGUCUACUUUGCAGUAGGGCUGGGCGAUAUGGACCAAAAGUCAUAUCUCCAUAUUUUCAAGCAGAAUGUCGAUAUAAGAUAUAUAUCGAUAUUGUUGACGCAAUAACACCACAUUUCCGCGCUCCAACUCGUGCCGCUCAUGCCACUGUGUGCUUUCAUUUCCAGCCUGCCUGCUUCGCUGUGCCCAUCAACCUACCUUGUUGAUUGCAAACUCAAGCCUAAAUUUGGGUGUAGGUUACAUGGUCACAUAUCAAGUCUGCCUGCCUACUGUGAUAGUGGUAGAAACAGCCUGGUUUAAUAAAAGGCAAAAUGCUGCAAUCGUUGCAAAACGGUGGGUGCGUGCAGUCGAUAUGGGCACCAUGUCUUUAGCGAUGUGGUAUGUCACCGACCGAGUGAUAUCCCGGCACCUGUCGCUUGAUCGAUCGUAAGGUACCGCAUUUGUAAGAGAUAUUUGCUUCGGGAUACUGCGAGCCAGCUUAGGAGUUUUCGUCGCUGCACGUAAUUUGAAGCACUCUUCAUAUUGCACGUUGUGGUGCUGAUGCAAGUGGUGGAAGAGGUUGGUCAUACUCGACCCUUUCGUAGCGACAGAUUUUAAGCACUCUCUACAGAUCACCUGUUUCACGCUGUUGGGUAUUUAAAAACGUGACGUGAGCGGGAAGGCGGGGCAGUGUGUGUG